UAUUCAACUACUCAACCGCUUAAUUAUUUAUUCACAAUUUCACUUCCCCAACCUCUCACACUCAAGUACAUUUACUCAUGCUGGCCCCUGCAUACCACCCCCCACUGCGUCGCUCCAAACCCACACAGAAGACCAUCACUGUGUGGCCCAGUGACGGCGACGCUGUGCUGCAGGACUGCUUCGGCUGCACAGACUGGCAGGUCUUCAGGGAGGCUGCUGAGUGUGAGGGGGAGCUGGACCUGGAGGAGUACACAUCUGCUGUUCUCGGGUACAUCAGCAAGUGCACGGAGGAUGUCACUACCACCAAGACUGUGACUUGCUACCCGAACCAGAAGCCUUGGCUGAACGCAGAGGUGCGUUCUCUGCUGAAAGCCAGGGAUGCUGCCUUCAGGUCUGGGGACUCAGGUGAACUCAGGAGGGCUAGAAGAGAGCUGACUGUUGGAGUCAAGAGGGCAAAAGCAGCAUAUGCUCUGAAAAUCCAGGGACACUUUUCCUCCCAGGAUCCACAGAGUAUGUGGAGGGGCAUCAAGUGCAUCACGGACUACAAAUCCAACGUUGCACAAAGCUCCAAAGACCCAUCCCUGCCUGAGGCUCUCAACAAGUUCUACGCCCGCUUUGAGAAUCCUGACACCCCCCCCAGCACCAAACUCACACACUCACCAGGAGAGGAGCCCCUCAGCGUGACACCAGCAGAAGUAAGGAGGACGCUGAGGAGGAUCAACCCCCGGAAAGCUGCUGGCCCGGACAACAUCCCCGGAAGGGUGCUAAGAGACUGCGCCGACCAGCUCUCGGACGUCCUGGCGGACAUCUUUAACGCCUCCCUCAUCCAGGCAGCAGUCCCCUCUUGCAUGAAGACUGCCACCAUCAUCCCGGUCACCAAGAGCUCUGCAGUGACGGGUCUAAAUGACUACCGGCCAGUGGCCCUCACGCCGAUAGUAACAAAGUGCUUUGAAAGACUGGUUCAGACCCACAUCAAAGCCACCAUCAACGUCACUGUGGAUCCACACCAGUAUGCGUAG